CAUAUCAUCCAUGGCUUGUUCUGAUAACCAACAACCAAAUUUCAAACAUUUUUGCAAAAUUUGUAAAAAGGGUUUCAUGUGUGGUAGAGCAUUAGGUGGGCAUAUGAGAGCUCAUGGUGUUGGGGAUGAAACUAUGAAUCUUGACGACGACGAUGACGAUCCAAGCGAUGAUGGGGAUGGAAACCAAAGAGUGUACGCGUUAAGAACAAAUCAUAAUCGGUUUAGACGAUUUUGUGAGAAUUGUGGUAAGGAAUUCUUAUCAUGGAAGUCUUUCUUGGAACAUGGAAAAUGUGGCUCAGAAGAUGGUGAAACGUCGCUUGUUUGGUCUCAAGAAACUGAUAAUGAUGAUGACGACGAUGAUGAAGCCGAUGUUUUUGGCCAAUAUGGUGGUGGGAGUGGGUUGUAUAAGAGGAAGAGAUCUGUAAGGGUUUGUUCUAGUAGUGCAAAUGAAGAGGAUAUCACAUUAGCUAAAUGUUUAAUGGCAUUAUCAAACAAUAGUGUUGAUUUAAUGGAAAUGGAACAAGAGGGAAAUCUUAAGGCCACCACAAACAACAAGGAUGAGCCAAGAAGGGAUAUUUUCGAGCCGGUUCUUUUACAAUCUUCGGUCACAAGAGCUCCUCCAUUACCGUUAGAUAAAGCCAAAGGGGAGGCUAAUACCACAAACCUUAAGGGAAUGUUUCAAUGUAAAGCAUGUAAAAAGGUGUUUAGCUCACAUCAAGCAUUGGGCGGACAUAGAGCGAGUCACAAGAACGUUAAAGGUUGUUUUGCAUCACGAAACGAUCAAUUUGAUGAUAACUUAACAAAUGAUCAAGAUGUUAUCAUACUCGAUAAUAAUUAUAAAGCUACAAGUUCCUACCAAUCAAGCCAUGGACUUGCUAUCACGGGUCCAGCUUCAUUGGCAGGGCGGAAAGCAAAGGAGCAUAAGUGCUCCAUUUGUUACCGGACUUUUGCAUCCGGUCAAGCCCUAGGUGGUCACAAAAGGUGCCAUUGGAUCACCUCGAAUUACACUACUACUAAUUCAUCCGAAACAACAUCUAUAAGCAAGUUGAACUUUCAUCAACAUAUAGAACAACUCUAUCAAAGAGCUUUGGCAAUACCCAAAGGACUCGAACUAAACCUCAACCUCUCGACUACUCCUCCCAAUAACACAAACGACACAACUCAUGACAACGUUCAAAUCCCCAUAAAGUCGUCAGAGGUGUCAACGGAGAUCAAUCUACAUGCAUGGACUAGUUCAGCCGCGGAUCAAGAAAAUGGAGAUGGGAAUGCAAAAGAUCAUCAUGAACAACAUCAAAUAAUCAAUGUGGAUCAAGAUGAUGGUAUUGCCGCAACAACAAUGGAAGGUAAUGUGGAUGAAGAAGAUCAGAGUAAGGCGAAAUUGGCGAAACUUGGUGAUUUGAAGGACACAAAUGGCGAUUCAUCUUCAUGGUUGCAAGUUGGGAUUGGUUCAAUUACUGAUGUGGCUCCCGACCUAUAAAUUGCCAGAAAAGUUUUAUUACUACAAAGCAAGUAUAUAUGUAGUUUAGAAACUGUAAUUAACUUUCUUUUGUAAA